AUGGCCAAAUAUAACAUAAUAUUGGUUGCAACCAUUGUGUUGGCCACCAUGAUCAAUACAUCAAGAGCUGCCAACCUUGAUUGUUCCCAAAUGCAAUCACUCACUCAACAAUACUUUGGCACUGGACAAGAGGCCACCAACUUCAUUUGUAUUGCUUACUACGAGUCAUCAUGGAACACUGAUGCCCAGAAUCCAUCGGGUGCAUCAGGUCUCUGGCAGAUAUUACCAGAGCACUGUGGUGAGAUUUGCCAAGGCUGUUCAGACCCAUCUGAUUUGUUCAAUCCAAAUGUAAAUGCUCAAUGUGCAUUGGAUGUCUACAAUGCUCAGGGAUAUGAUGCUUGGACUACCUGGGCCAGUGGUGACUGCACUGGUUGGACUCAAUGUGACUCAACUUCCAGCUCAACUACCUCUACAUCUGCAUCUACUGGAAAGACUGGAGGAUCGAGCAGUGGCAAGACUGGAGGAUCCAGUUCGGGCAAGACCGGAGGAUCAAGUUCUGGCAAGUCCACCACUCAAUCAGGCACCACCAGUGGUACUACAAGUGGAACAACCAGUGCAACUAGUGGCACUACAAGUGGUACCACAAGUGCGACAUCUGGAACUACCAGUGGCACGACUGCAUCAUCAGGUACAACUACCUCUGGCACAACUGCCACAACAGGUACAUCUGCUACCAACACCGCAACUGAUUCAACUGCCUCAACUGGAGGUGCCAGCUCUUCAACCGGUGGUGCAUCCUCAGCAAGCUCAUCAACUGGUGGUGCAUCAUCAUCAGGUGGAUCUGGCGGCUCUGGCGGUUCAGGAGGUUCAGGUGGCUCAGGAGGUUCUGGCGGCUCUGGUGGUUCAGGAGGUUCAGGUGGUGGCUCUGGUGGAUCAGGACUCUACAAGACCAAGUAG